AUGGCCGAUGCCCAGGAGAGGCGAAACGUUCGGCCGUUAGAACGCAAUGAGAAUCCACCUCCCCGAACAUCCUCGACAUCGCCCAGCUCUGUCACUGCACUUCUUGCGGGCUUCUUCGUACUUUCGAUAAUAUCAUUUUCAGAUGUCGCCUCUCAGCUUUCCCUUCACCCUCUGUUUGGGAGUGCAGCAACUGCUCGACACUUCCCAACAAUAUCUCUGGUUAUUUGUCUUCUGGCCUCCUUCAUUCCUAAGCGGAUGCGUUUGGAUUCACGAACAGGGUUCGCCUUCAUGAGCCUAUGGUUUGCAGCGUCGCCGGAGAUUAUGUAUUGUGUCGGAGUGCAUACUUCUGGGCGGCUCAACCCUCCUAUCGCGGCUCACAUCCUAGGCGGGUCUCUUGUUACUAUGUUGGGAGCGUCGAUGCUGCAAAAUGUAUUGUCCCGUGUUUCUCCUUCUGGAUUUUCGCCAUUCCCCGCCAGAUUUGGCUCAGGGAUGUUCUCAUGGGUUGUCAUUGCUCGUGCAGACAGGGUCCUGUGGGAUAACUUGCCACUCGGAGGUGUGGUAAACUAUUGUAAUAUGUAUCUUCUCUUGGGUCUUAUCACACCGUUUCCUGCUGCACUGUUGGCGAUGCAGCAUGCCUUGAGUCGGAAAAAGCGCGAGCGACAUGCAGGAAGGUCUAUUAGAAGACUAAGAAUGAAUCCCACUUUUGUCUUGGCCUUAACCCCGGCGACCCCAUACACCACCCUCAAUGGUACGCUACAGAUAUUGGACAAAUCAUUCAGCGUCACGGGAAUGAUCCUUGUUGGCGAAAAGGAUAUCAAUGGCGUGCGGACACGAUUUUUACGUUGCGACCACUCGCUCCUCGGCGGCAUGUGGCUGCUCCCCGAGCGUGAAGGAGACCCUCCCACAAUUUUUUUCCGUAGCAUAUAUACUGCAUUCUACCUCCAGGAAGCUGCGCGGCUUGUCAAUCGCCCUCUUGAAUCAAUCCGAACUACGCCCCAUCGGGUCCUCACUAUCGGACUCGGAAUAGGUGUUGCUGCAAAAGCAUUCAUCGAGCAUGGGAUGCAGACCACAAUUGUUGAAAUCGGUCCAGCUGUGUAUCGCUUCGCGCGGAAGCAUUUCGAGCUUCCCAAACCAAACGAAGUGUAUCUUGAAGACGCACGAAGUUGGGUCCGCCAACAAGCGAGUGCCAUGAGAUCCCUUCGAACAUCCAAUCCGGGACAGGCAGAUGCGCAAUUGUUUGAUUACGUGGUUCAUGAUUGCUUCUCAGGUGGAGUUGUUCCCCACCAUUUGUACACCCUCGAGUUCUGGGAAGACCUAAAAACGUUGAUGCGUCCAUCUGGUGUCUUAAGAGUGAAUUACGGUGGGCAUUUGGAUUCACCAGCCGCACGUGGCAUUAUCGUCACAUUAUUGGCGGCGUUUGGAGAGUGUAAAGUUUACCAUGAUUCAGACACGAGUCGUAAACUUGAAGACUUGAAGCUUCCUAACGAGCCUAAAGGUGAUCAUCUGCACCUUAGCCCCGGCCCCAUUGACAUUCCGUUCGCCUGUCGUUGA